AUGCCUAUUUUUGAUUCGAAUUUUAUUUAGAGAAUUUUGAGAUUGUAUGUGCUAUGUGAAAGUAAGUUUAAAAUUUUAGUGUUCCAAAGUCGCUGGAGAAACAUAUAAUCGUAAGUAUCCAUAACCUUUAUGUUAUGUGACCGAUAAGAUUAUGUGUACAGGGACAGGAACAAUCUCCUGGUAAGUCUUUCUCUUCCCCUUUUAUUAUUUUUACAAAUAUUUUCAAAAUCAAUGAAAAUACAUAGACUGUCGAAUCAGUAUAACUGGCAAUUCUAUAUUAAAAACCCAAAAAAAUUGUGGAUUUGGCUAAUAAAUUUUUUGUUAAGCCAACCACAUAAUUUUAUUAUAUUAAACUUAGCAAGCGCUAAUUUGAAACAAAUAUGA